AUGCAGAUUGACGAGAUGUACCACUCAUUGGAAGAACCAGGAAACUCCCAACAGACACAGGUAAAGGAGCAGCACUACAGCCUCCUGUUGCUCGCUUCCAUUCACAACACUGUAAUGGCCACUGACGGAUUAUACAAAAAUGAAUCCUACAACAACUGCACCCAGGUGGACGUGCUGAUGAAGCGGUACUACCUGCCAGUCAUGUACGGGACCAUUUUCGCGGUGGGCCUCGUGGGUAACACCACGUCCAUCGGCAUCUACGUGGCCAAGAUGCGGCCGUGGAAGAGCAGCAGCAUCAUCAUGCUAAACCUGGCGGUGACAGACCUCCUCUACGUGCUGAGCAUGCCAUUCCUUGUCUACUACUACACCAACGGGGACUCCUGGACCAUGGGGGACUUCAUGUGCCGCUUUGUGCGCUUCGGCUUCCACUUCAACCUGUACGGCAGCAUCCUCUUCCUCACCUGCCUCAGCGUCUUCCGCUACGUGGUGGUGGUGCACCCGCUCCGGGCGGCGCAGGUGCAGAAGAAGUCCUGGGGCGUGGUGGCCUGCCUGAUGGUUUGGGCCGUCGCCGCCGCCGAGAUCACCCCCAUGCUCACCAUGAUCACCAUGGUGGAGGAGAACAACAAGACCCAGUGCCUGGACUUCGCCAGCAACGACCCCAGGGACCUGUGGUGGUACGGCUGGCUGCUGACCGUCUUGGGCUACCUGCUGCCGCUGGCGGUGGUUUUUCUUUGCUACUUCUGCAUCGUGCGGGCGCUGGCCAGGGGGCCGCACACACGGAGCCCGGCCCGGGUGCGCGCCCGCAGGCUGACCGUGCUCAUUCUGGUGGUGUUCGUGGCGUGCUUCAUGCCGUACCACGUCCUGAGGGUGCUGCGUGUGGACACCAGGCGGAGGCCUGUGCCCUGCAUGAUGUGGAGGUGGGUCCACGCGGCCUACAUCAUCUCCCGGCCCGUGGCGGGACUCAACACCUUCUUCAACCUGGCGCUCUACACGCUGGCCGGGGACAAGUUCCAGCAGGCCUUCCUCAGCGUCUUCCACUGGAAGAACUGGCUCUCCAAACCCGAGCCUCACACGGCCGUGGCUGUGAUCAGCAAACCGGCCAGCAGCACUUUGUGA